AUGCGCCGAACUGUGCGUUCCCUCGCUGGUAUCAGUGGCAUGAGUGUGUACACCCCACCGUGCCGCGUCGCCCUAAAGGAAUGGUGCAACUGGACCGGGAAUGAUUGGAAAAAGGUAUCCAAUGUUGUUGGUGAUUCAUUCCGCGUUCCUUCCAAUAACGAAAACGCUUACACGAUGGCCGCGUCAGCGGUAUUGCGGCUGAUUCUGAACUACGAAGUGGAUCCCUCUCGCGUUGGUUUCCUUGGGUUCGGAACGGAAAGCAGCUCCGACAACUCCGCUGGUGCAGUUAUUGUGCGAGGGAUGGUCGAUAAGGCGCUUAAAGAACUUGGGAUGCCCGCACUCUCCCGUCAUUGUGAAGUGCCGGAGUUUAAACAUGCGUGUCUUGGCGGUGUGUACGCACUGAAGGGUGCCGCACGGUAUGCGGAGGUGGAUGGAGGAGAUGACAAAUUGGCCAUUGUUGUUGCAUCAGAUAUUGCCGAGUACGCACUGGGGUCGACGGGGGAACAGACACAGGGCGCUGGUUCCGUUGCGAUGCUUGUACAAAAAACUCCACGGCUCUUGGAACUGAACACGAAGGCUGCUGGUUCCGCGUCGGACUACCGCGGACCCGACUUCCGCAAACCGUACAGACGACAUUUUAUUAAGGAAUAUGGCAGCACCGCAGAAAAUGGUAAGAUCCCCGAUUUCCCCGUAUUUUCUGGUCCGUACAGCACAUUAGUCUACCUUGAUGAGGUGACUGCGGCUGUCGAAAAUAUGUUGUCAAGACUAAACCAGGAGCCGGCGGACUACUAUGACUCCGUGUCUGCUUUGUUUUUCCAUCGCCCGUAUCACAUGAUGCCUGUUCAGGCUAUGUCAUUUCUCUACACACGUGGUCUUGCAAGGUCAACAGCCGAAACUCACAAAACAUUCUUUGAAGAGCUCUGUGGUAAGGCGAAGGUUGAUUCCAGCGCUGUGCGAGCGGAACUUGACAAGGUGCCUAACUAUUUCGAAGUAAUUGAUGAGGGGAAGGAACCCAAGGAUGCAUUUACAAUGACGAAUAAAGUUGCCAAGGUCCUCCGUUCAGAGAAGGUGUUUGCCGACUUUCUCGGCUCCAAGAUGAGCCUUGGUAGUACCACCAUGGCAAACUUUGGAAACCUCUACACAGCUUCCCUCCCAUGCUGGUUGGCUGCUGGUUGCGAGGACGCAUACAGUAGGAAGAUCGACAUCACCGGCAAACCCAUGGUAAUGAUUGGUUACGGCUCCGGAGACGCCAGCGAGGCCAUUCCAAUAACCCCAGUGAAGGGGUGGGAGGAGGCCGCGGCGAAAAUUAACCUCAGUGAGGCCUUGGGGAACUCUAUAAACUUGACGGAGGAACAAUAUAAGGGCCUCCACACGGGGUCCCUCAAGGAUGAUUUUGCCGCAGAUAAACGUCAGAAGGAGUUUGUCGUGGACCGCAUCGGUACUCGAAAUGAGGCAGCGUUUCAGGAUAUUGGUAUCGAAUAUUACCGGUUCGUGAAGUAG